CAAGGGUUGACUUUAGCUGUUAAGGCUCUUGGGGGGCUGUUACGAGGUAAACAGAACACUAAGCAAUGGGAAGAAGUGUUGAACAACAAAAUAUGGGAUUUGCCUAGGACCAAUGGUAUUCUUCCUACCUUGAGGUUGAGCUAUCAUCACCUUCCUUCACACUUGAAGCGAUGCUUUGGCUAUUGUGCAGUACUUCCUUAUGACAUAGAAUUUGAGGAGGAUGAAUUGGUGUUACUGUGGAUGGCAGAGGGCUUGCUUGUGCAACCAAACGAUAAGAAGUCUGCAAAGGACUUGGGCCACAAAUAUUUUCAUGAUCUAUUGUCAAAAUCAUUCUUCCAAUGA